GGCUGCGGCCCCUCACGCUGCCGCCCGGGGCACUGCCAACGCCCGCUCGGCCACUCUGGCCCCGGCCCGCGGCGGGAGGCGGCCACAAUCACCCCAGGGCCGGAGGGAGGAGCGGGUGUCCCCGGGGUCUCCCGGGCGGUGCCCGGUGAGGCGCAGCCGCCGCGGCCUGUGGCGAGCGGCAGCGCCGCUCCAGCCCCGCAGGGCCGGGCCGGAGCCCGGCCCCUUUUCCCGGGGCCAGCCGGGGGUCCUGGAGCCACGGGCCGGGAUGAAGCAGGCGCUGGUGGACGACACCGAGGAUGUGUCCCUGGAUUUCGGGAGCGAGGAGGAGCUGGCGCUGCGGAAAGCGCGGAUCAGGCACCCACUGGCCACCUUUUUCCACCUGUUUUUCCGAGUGAGUGCUAUUCUUACCUACUUGUUCUGUGACUGGUUCAGCAACAGCUUUGUUGCCUGUUUUGUCACAAUUCUCCUCCUUCUGUCCUUUGACUUCUGGUCUGUCAAGAAUGUGACAGGAAGACUCUUGGUUGGUUUGCGUUGGUGGAACCAGAUUGAUGAAGAUGGAAAAAGUCACUGGAUGUUUGAAGCAAAAACGGUGCCUACAAUAGCUGCCUCAACUGAAACUGAAGCCCGAAUCUUUUGGCUCGGUCUUAUCAUCUGCCCAGUGAUUUGGACAAUGUUUUUCUUUAGCACCUUGUUCUCCUUGAAGCUGAAAUGGCUGGCUCUCGUGAUUGCUGGGAUCUCCCUCCAGACUGCUAAUUUAUAUGGCUACAUCCACUGCAAGUUAGGGGGACAAAAAACCAUCAGCAGAGUAACUUCAAGGUUGUUUGGCACUGCAGAUGUUCCCAAGAGACAGAGCAGAAUUUCAGAAGAUGGCAGUGAAGAACAUGGGAAGACAGGCACUAGGUAACCAAACCAGGAAGAGCUAAAGGAUGAGCAGUAAACAAAGUAAUUCAUGAAAGCUGUUCUUCAUGGGAAGAUAUUUAGAUAAAGCUCUUAUAGAAUUAUGCCUGCAUGAAAUAAAGUCAUUUGUGUUUGAGUCUUUAGCUCCUGGAAGGUUUAAAGCCUUUGUUACUUAAAAGCUUCACCAAAAAGUUGUUUGUUUGAGCACAGACAGUGCUCAUGGUUUACACGGAGCAUGCUGCUUUCAGAAAAGUUAUCAACUAACCUCAAAUUGCUGGAUUAUCUUAACCAAGAAUUACGUGUAAUGAAAAGACAAUGCUAAUUUGUUUAACUUUGGAACUACAAUAAACAAAAUCAAACUGCCUUUCCCUCUUGUACACUAUACUGAUUUUGCAGAGCUUUGAAAUUACAAUCCCAAAGGGCCUCUUAGUUAUUAAAGAUACUGAAUGCUUAUUUUUUAAUGUUCAGGCUUUUGGCCAAAUAGAAUAAAACAAAAGUCAGGUACCGUGUUCACAUACUACUUGUGUGAAGCUGGCAGUUAUGUAGAAUUAAAACAUUAAUCUUGUUUUGACACCUGUAAAAAAAUAAAUAAAGCAAUGCACUGAUACUGUAA